ACGUAGAAAAUUUUUGACAAGAAAGGGCAGACCAUUUUUCAAUGGACUAGCGAAUAAGAAAAAGAUUUUUUCCUAAUUUUGAUUUUGUGAUUCAUUUUUAGUUAAUCCUCUUUUAUUCUUAGUUAUAAAUUUUCCAUUCAAUUCGAAGAGUGUUUUUCUGUUUUCUGAAAACCCAGAAGAAAAAAAACAAGAAAAAUGUUCUGCAAGCUGAUAGUUGUGCUCGUCUGCUUGAUGGGCGCAGCCUUGGGUGAUAGGUCGCCGUCUCCAGUUUUCAUAUCAGGAACCAACAGCAUUGAGAAGCCAGCUUUCUACACGUUAUUUCAAGAAGAAUUCGCCAAUGUCAUAAAACCAAUUAUCCAAAAAACCAUGUUUGUUGCUUUCCUGGAACCUAAUCUUGAUAACGUCGACUUUUCCUGCUCGAAACCGUCCGAUCAGAAGUCAUGCUACAGCAAUCUGCAAACGGCCCCCCAAACAACCUACUAUGCUAAUGUCCAGAAUCCUAUUGAAGCAUUGCGUCAAGAAAGUUCCAAAGUAAUGUGGGUUAAUGUGGAUGCCACUGGGAACUUUGAUAACGUCGAUUGUGAACCUGGCUCGACCGUCCUUAUUGAUCUUAGCACUGUGGGUGGUGACAUGCCACGCAAUGAGCUUCUAGAGCUUCAUGAUGGUUUUAUGGCCAAGGUUACAAAGAAACUCUCCGAAGAGUGCAAAAUCACAGCCCUCUAUACCCGCAAGCCAUCGCCAAAUGAAAUUAGCAAAAAUCGUCGUCGUCGUGACGUAGAUUCCGCUACCUCUGGCACCGUCUUCCACUCUGGCAAGGACUUCCUCAUAUUCUACACUGAGUUGGCCACCAAGGAACCAUCCAAGGAGCAAGGCAAACCAAGCGUCAUUACUCCAAUCAAAAUCACAGAGAUGAGUCUCUCGGGAAAGAACGAUACCGCAUUCACCGUCAACAUGAACGGCGGAACUGAUAAAAUGAGCUUCCUCAUCUCGUUGUCCGGUGGAUACUACCAAAUGUCCAAUUUGGUGCUCAAUGGAGAGGCUUUCUAUGUCCCAUCAGAAGUCAAUGCCCCCACCAACUUCUCCUACUCUUGCGGCAAUCAAACUUUCUCCUCAAAGGGAGCUGAUUCUAACAAAAUCAUCAUUUGGAACUCUCUGCAGAUGCAAGCUCCAUUCAAUGACGCCACUCCCGAAAAUUUCAACUUCUCAGACGCUUGGUAUUGCGUGGGAUUCUUUUCGUCUGGAAUUCUGGCUGGUUUGUUUGUGGUGUUCAUUUUGCUGGGCAUCAUGAGCGUUGGUAUUUGCUGGAUGCUGGACAUCAAUACCAUGGAUCGUUUCGAUGAUCCCAAGGGCAAGACCAUAACUAUCAAUGUUAAUGAAUAGAUAAAGCGAUUCAGAUUCGCCCUCCUACAAAUUUUCUGUCAUUCCUGUUAUUUUUCGUCCUGUUUUAUUAAUUUUCCAAGUGGCUUUUUAGUUCCCUGCUUCUCAACACGACAGACACAUCUUAACAGCAUCCUUGAUUGUCCCACUUUUGGCUUCAAGUAAGAUGUCUUUCUCGUGUUGAAUUCAACAGAGAUCCAAGGCCACUCUAAAUAAUAAUUUGAUUGUUGUUGUUUUCGAUUCUCUUUCAAUUCUCCUUGUCCAAAAAAUAUUAUAACCUUAGUUAUUUUGUAUUCCUAAAAAUAGAGUCAGCAGUUCAGUAUUUGGACUUGUUCUUUUUUUUAUUUGUUUUCUAAAAUAAGUUUUGAAUGUUUCUGAAAUACGUUUAUAAUUAUUUUGCUAUUAAAUUAAAGGAUAAAUAUGUACACUAUCCAGUGUUCCGUUAUUUAUAUUAUUACGAGUGUGAAGAUGGUAAAAAUGUUAUUUCGUUGUACAAUAAAUAAAAAACAAAACAAAUAAAAUUAAAAAGGUAAACUUUUGUUACCACAAACGAA